AUGUGGCCCAAUAGUAGCAACGUUUCGUUUCUGCUGACUGGUUUUCCAAGUUUAAAGAGAAUUUAUCACUGGAUUUCCAUUCUCUUCUUUUCCAUCUAUGCCUUUAUACUUGUGGGUAAUGGCACACUUCUGUACCUCAUCAAGGGUGACCGCAGACUCCACGAACCUAUGUGCUACUUCCUGGCCAUGCUGGCAGGCACAGACCUCAUAGUGACAGUCACCACAAUGCCAACAGUGAUGAGGGUAUUAUGGCUGGAUCACAGGGAGAUAACCCCAGGAGCCUGCUUCUUACAGGCCUACCUCAUUCACUCCCUUUCCAUUGUAGAGUCAGGUGUCCUGCUUGCCAUGGCCUAUGACCGUUUUGUUGCCAUUCAGACACCUCUGAGGUACAAAACAAUCCUAACUAAUUCCAAGGUGAUAAAGAUAGGCCUGGGGGUCAUGUUGAGGGGCUUUGUGUCCAUUGUGCCCCUAAUUGUACGACUCUCUUGGUUCCCAUACUGCCGUUCCCAUGUUCUUUCCCAUGCCUUUUGCCUCCACCAAGAUGUCAUGAAACUCGCCUGUGCUGACAUUACAUUCAACCGCAUAUACCCCGUUGUUCUUGUUGCGUUAACUUUCUUCCUAGAUGCUCUGAUCAUUGUCUUUUCCUAUGUGCUAAUUCUUAAGACAGUGAUGGGCAUUGCCUCUGGAGAGGAGCGAGCUAAGGCCCUCAACACUUGUGUCUCCCACAUUAGCUGUGUCCUAGUAUUUUAUAUCACCGUGAUUGGCCUGACUUUCAUCUAUCGGUUUGGGAAACAUGCCCCUCCCGUGGUCCAUAUAACCAUGAGCUAUGUCUACUUCUUGUUUCCUCCAUUCAUGAACCCCAUUAUAUACAGCAUCAAGACCAGGCAGAUUCGGAGAAGCAUGGUUCACCUGUUUUCUGGGUGCAGCAGGACUUGA